AUCGAUGAAUCUGGAGCGGCUGCUCUUCUCUGGGGAGAGGGCGGAAGUUCUAGUCUCUCAGCCUAGACUUAUCGCUCGCUGAGCUGCUCGCCGCUCAGAAGCUCGCGCCGGAGUUGGGGAAGGAAGAUGUUUCGCAACCAGUAUGACAAUGAUGUCACUGUCUGGAGCCCUCAGGGCCGAAUUCAUCAAAUAGAAUAUGCUAUGGAAGCUGUGAAGCAAGGCUCAGCUACUGUGGGGCUGAAAUCAAAAACCCAUGCUGUUCUGGUUGCUCUAAAGAGAGCACAGUCUGAACUGGCAGCUCAUCAGAAAAAAAUCCUGUAUGUUGACAACCAUAUUGGCAUCUCAAUUGCUGGGCUUACUGCUGAUGCAAGACUGUUGUGUAAUUUCAUGCGUCAGGAGUGUCUGGAUUCUAGAUUUGUGUUUGACAGACCUCUUCCAGUGUCCCGUCUAGUGUCUCUAAUUGGAAGCAAAACCCAGAUACCAACACAGCGAUAUGGCAGAAGACCAUAUGGUGUAGGACUGCUCAUUGCGGGUUAUGAUGAUAUGGGUCCUCACAUCUUCCAAACUUGUCCUUCUGCAAACUAUUUUGACUGCAAAGCUAUGUCCAUCGGUGCUCGUUCACAGUCAGCUCGAACUUAUUUGGAAAGACGCAUGACUGAGUUUGCUGACUGUAACCUGAAUGAGCUAGUUAAACAUGGUCUGCGGGCUCUCAGAGAGACCCUUCCUGCAGAACAGGAUCUGACGACCAAGAAUGUUUCCAUUGGAAUUGUUGGCAAAGAAAUGGAGUUUACUAUCUAUGAUGAUGAUGAUGUGGCUCCAUUCCUGGAGGGACUUGAAGAGAGACCCCAGAGGAAGCUUGCUCCACCUGCUGAGGAACCUGCAGAAAAGGCAGAAGAACCAAUGGAGCACUAAUAUUUGUGGAUAAGCCUGUGUGUUAACCUAUAUAUAACAAUAUAGGAAUGUUCAUCCAUUAAUCUUUACCCUGAACCAAAUGCAUAUUAUAGUAAUACAUGAUGGGGAAUUAGUCCUAGAGUAUUUUCAGAUAUCCCUAAACUGACAUCAAAGAAAUCAUACUUUGGCACCUUUUCUUUGAAAGGAAAGGUAAAAUCUUUUUUUUUUUUUUUUUUUUUUU